UUGUUUUCCGUUCAUCACUUUCGGUUCUGACUCAGUGAAACCGGCUGAUGUGAUCCGCCCUCCGCCACGAGAAACGAAACUAGACCGGUAUUUAAAGACUCUGACGAGAUGAAAGACGCACUGAUGUGAAGACAACAGAAGCAGAGAUAUUAACAGCUGUAUAAUGGUCAAUCCAAGAGGAGGAGGACAACAAAGAGGACGGGGAGGCUUCCCUGGCCCUCAAAGAAGAGAUAGUUCUGUGCCUUGUCAAAGACAAGCAAGUGGGUCUCCUAAUCGAGGCAGAGGAGGUGGCCGAGGGGAGGGAGGUGGAAGAGGAGAUGGAAGGGGUCGAAGUCACCAACAACCUGGUGAAAGUACAAACAGCCAAAGGGAAAGAUGGCGGGAUGAACAAGCACAAGGUGCAAGAGGAGGUGGAGGAGGAGAUGGAAGGGGCCGAGGACCGAGGAGAGGAGAAAUCAAGCCACAUCAUCAGGGGAAUGCAAAUAGGAUUGGUGACCACCGUCCUGUGAUAAGGGGACGCCCAACAAAUGCACCCUUACGAGCAUUUGCGAGACCUGGUUUUGGGUUCACUCAUCAAAGUUUUGUUAAUUAUUCUCUUCCGGAUCCUCUGAAUUCAAGCAACCGCUCUGAAAACACAUACCACCAACAAGCCAGUGGAAGCAUGACUGGAUUCACAAGUCAGAGUCGGUCCAAAAGUUGUUCCCGAGUCGGUCCUCACGGUGAAGAACGUCAAAGAGGAAGAGAAGAAACUAUGAGAGGUAGAGGGAGUCAUGGGAGAGGAAGAGGAAGUGGGAGAGAUGGCACACCUAAUGUACGCAAACUGGGGUAUAAAACGCUCGAAGGUCUACUGGAGAAAGAAGCGUCCGAGGUGGCCAUCACCCUUUCAACUAGCAGUGGGCUUAAAAAUCUGCUUGCGGAAGAUGAGAUGAGAAGCGACUUGGUGCAGUUGAUCUGUCAGGUCCUCUGCAAGGCCUUCCUGUCUCGAAUCGACCGCAAGAUCGUUCUGCACUUGGCUAGUGUCGUCAAGGACUCCCCGUUUUUCCGUAACAACCUGCCGCGCCAUGUGACUGGAAUGAUGUUAGAGUACGUGCAGGCUCGAAGGGAUCAGUAUCCCCAACAUUUGAGCAACAUCAUCAGCCUUCUCUCGGAUGUCCUCAAUAUGUUUCCACAAAGCUCUGUCCAGUCUGUCUCAAUGUUGUUGGCUCUUUUGAAACCAACCGUCAACCAGCUGCGUGCCUCUGGUGUGGAUAUUCUCGACAGUACCGAUGAGGACUUGGAGAGGCUGCAGGAUUUGGUGCAGCAUCUCCAAGAGAAAUCAAGGGAAGGCACCUUGCGGUCGGAUAAGUACUCCCUCCUAGCAGAUGAUGAGGAUGCCCCACCCGGAGAGGAAGACUUCAGGGUGAUGAGCGUCUAUCCAACCUUUGAUGAGUUCCACCUGGACCAGAAGCCUUUCCUGAGACCCAACAUUAUGUCUCAAAGCUUCCCUAAUGCUCGCAUCUAUCUAGACACGCACUUCCGACUUCUGCGUGAAGAUUUCGUGAGGCCGCUUCGAGAGGGCGUCAAGAAGCUCCUUGAUGAUAAUCUAGGUGGAGUACCAAUAAAAAAGAGGACCUUUGAUGACAUUAGAGUUUACAGUGACACCCGAGUGCUUUUGCCGCUCUGCACAUCAACGGGAAUCGCCUACAAGGUGCAGUUUGACCCACAGCCUCUAAAGUUUGUCCGAUGGGAAAAUUCCAAACGUCUUCUUUACGGAUCCCUCGUCUGUCUUUCCAUGGACAACUUCCAAACCUUCCUGUUUGCCACUGUGGCCGAUCGGGACCCUAAGCUGCUAAGGCACGGAGAGGUGAAUCUCUCUUUUUCUUCUGACAGCAGAGCCAGAAUGGCCAUGGUUCAGCCCUCAGACUCCUUCCUGAUGGUCGAAACCACGGCUUACUUUGAGGCCUACCGAUACGUCCUAGAAGGUCUCCAGGAGCAAGAUGGAAAUGAUGUUCCUUUUCAAAGGUACAUAGUGGAGUGCAGCACAGAUGUAGAUCCUCCAGCUUACCUUCGGGUGAUGGGAAGGUCAUAUGAUCUGUCGUGCAUUGUGGCAGAAGGGAAGGAGAAGAUUUCACCCUUCAACCCCCUGACUCCACACGCCUGGCCUGAUGAGGAAACAAUGGGUCUCGAUGAAAGCCAACUUCAAGCACUUAAACUGGCCUUAACCAAUGAACUGGCCAUCAUACAGGGGCCUCCAGGCACAGGGAAGACACAUGUAGGACUAAAGAUCGCUCAGGCUUUGCUAGAGAAUCAUGAGGCCUGGUCAAAUGGUUGCCCUAUGCUGGUAGUCUGCUACACCAAUCAUGCACUUGACCAGUUUCUAGAAGGUAUCCAUGGCUUCUUAAAAACUGGUAUUGUAAGAGUUGGAGGACGAAGUAACAGUGAAACUCUCAAGAGUUUUGGUCUGAGGGAGCUGACCAGGGCGUCAAACUUCCGGAAAGGUUUGCCACAGCACCUGAGGAAAGCCCAUCAUGAGAUCUACACAGAGAUGGAGGAAGCAGACGAGCUCUUAAAGAGACAGACUGCCCAGCUCGAGUGCAGCUUGCGUGGCGUCCUCAAAGAAGACUUCCUGCAGAGAUACAUCUCUGCUCAUCACUGGGACAGCCUGUGUUUACAGCCAGUGUAUGAUGGAUUUGAGAGAGCGGGGAAGAAGAAGCCUUCAAUGAUAGCGGAGUGGCUCGGCAUCGGAUCCAAUGUGUUUUUGCAGGGGCUACAACUAACAGCUGGAGCAGAGGCGGCAGAUGAAGACGGGCCACAACUGGCGGGUGAGGAACUGAUAGAUAUAGAAGAAGAGGCGGAUCUGAUCCAGGCGGAGAGGAUAUUGGUGGAUGCAGAUCACCGGGAUAAAGACCAUCAAAAACGGAAAUGUGAGGAGAAAAGCAUCGCUGCCAUGGCUGACAUGAUGUUGUCUUUGAACCUGAAUAAAACUGAACCUCAACCAGACCAAAGUCAGAAUCCGAGCCAGACUCAGCCUGAUCAAGAAGAAUGGCAGAUACAAGGCCACCAGAAGAAAAAAAUGAAACAAAUGGCUCGAAAAGAGCUGAGGAAGACUUCAACCAUGAGUGAGGAACAGGAAAGGCAUACCAGGGAUUUGUGGAGCCUGAAUCUGAAAGACAGAUGGAAACUGUAUCGUCUUUGGGUUUUGCGCUAUCGGACUGAUCUUCGCGCUAAAGCCCUCGCCGCUGAACAGGUCUAUCAGGAUGCGGCAGAUCGACUGAAUGAAAUCCGUCGUCGUGAGGAUCUGUUUGUACUGAAGCAGGCUCGGGUCGUCGGUAUGACCACCACGGGAGCGGCUAAAUACAGACAGGCUCUGCAGGAGCUGCAGCCCAGACUGGUGAUCGUGGAGGAGGCGGCGGAGGUGUUGGAGGCGCACACCAUCACCACCCUCAGCAAAGCCUGCCAGCACCUCAUACUGAUCGGAGAUCACCAACAGCUGAGGCCUAGUGCAACAGUGUACGAUCUUGCCAAGAAUUUCAAUCUGGAAGUGUCGAUGUUUGAGAGGCUUGUCAGAGUGCACUUCCCGUUUGUGCGCCUCAACUACCAGCAUCGAAUGAGGCCAUGCAUCGCGCGUCUAUUGACUCCUCAUAUCUAUGAAACUCUGGAAAACCACCCCUCUGUGCUGGAGUAUGCCAAUGUUAAGGGGCUUCUGAAAAAUCUUUUUUUCGUGAAUCAUUGUCAGCCCGAGGAAGAGAUUAAGGAUGGACGGAGCCACCAGAAUCUUCACGAAGCUCAAUUUGUGGUCAAGCUGUGCCGCUACUUGCUGUACCAAGACUACGAGCCUUCCCGGAUUACCAUUCUCACAACCUACACCGGACAGCUUCACUGUCUGCGUAAGCUCAUGCCCUCUCCAGAGUUCUCUGGCGUCAAAGUCCAUGUUGUUGACAAAUACCAAGGGGAGGAGAAUGAUAUCAUCAUAUUGUCUCUGGUGCGCAGCAACCUUAAGGGCAAGGUCGGCUUCCUGAACAUACCGAACCGGGUCUGUGUUGCUCUCUCUCGUGCUAAGAUGGGUCUUUAUUGUAUUGGAAAUAUGGACAUGCUCAGCUCGGUUAAACUGUGGAGCAACAUCCUACACACUCUGAGAGAGCACAACCAAGUAGGUGAUGCUUUGACGUUGAGCUGUCAGAACCAUCCGGAAAAACAGAUCCAGGUGUCCUGCGGUGAUGACUUCGGAGGUUCCCCUGAGGGUGGUUGUGAUCUGCCCUGCCUGUUCCGCCUGGAGUGUGGCCACGUGUGCACCCGUAUGUGCCACCCAAACGAUGCCGAGCACAAGAAAUACAAGUGCAUGAAGGACUGUCCAAAGGAGCUGUGUAAACUGGGCCACAAAUGCACGAAGCGCUGUUACCAAGAGUGCGGUAAAUGCCGGGUACUCCUAGACAAGAUAAUACCAUCAUGCCAACACAAUCAGAAGGUGCCCUGCCACCAAGACCCUGCAACAUUUGUGUGUCAAGAGCGCUGCCUAAAGACCCUCUCAUGCGGCCAUCCCUGCAAGUCGACUUGCGGAGAUUCCUGCACCUCUCAGUGCAUGGAGAAAGUUCAGAUGCAGCUGAAAUGUGGGCAUAUCCAAGAAGAACCAUGCUAUAUUUCCAGGGACUACAGAAAGGAGCCAAACUGCAGAACUAAAUGUGGCACUACCUUGAAAUGUGGCCACCCUUGCCCAGGAACUUGCCAUAGAUGUUAUCAAGGCCGUCUGCACAAAGGAUGCUCCCACAAAUGCCAAGCAACCCUUGUGUGUUCUCAUAAGUGUCGGGAACCCUGUGUAAGAGAUUGUCCACCAUGUUCCUCUCCUUGCGAGAACCGUUGCGUCCACAGCAUCUGUAAGAAGACUUGUGGGCAGCCUUGCGCUCCUUGCAUCGAACCCUGCGAAUGGCAGUGCCCUCACUACAGCUGUACCAAGCUGUGUCAUGAACCGUGUGACCGUCCGCCUUGUUUAGUUCCCUGUAACAACACCUUACCCUGCGGACACCUCUGCAUAGGCCUGUGCGGAGAUCCUUGUCCCAAUAAGUGUCGUGUUUGCCACAAGGACGAGGUCACGGAGAUCUUCUUCGGCAGUGAAGAUGAACCGGAUGCAUGUUUUAUUCAGCUAGAAGAUUGCAAGCACUUGUUUGAGUCCAAAGGAAUGGAUCAUUACAUGAAUCUCGACGAAGACCAAAAUGCUGAACUGGAUCAACGGGCAAUCCGACUCAAGGAAUGUCCAAGGUGUUGCACUCCCAUCCGUAGAAACCUUCGGUAUGGCACUCACAUCAACCGCAGCCUGGCAGCCAUUGAGAUGGUCAAAGAGAAGAUCAAUGGUGAUCCUGAUAUUAUCAAGAAACAGCAAGAAGUCCUAACAUCGCAACUGCAUGCGCAGGAGAACUUGAAGAAUCAUCUUCCCAUAGAGUUUACCUCCCUUAAACAGAGGCUCAACACAAAGGACCUUUCAUACCAACAACUUUGGCAUCUCGAAAACUUGAUGACUUUCCUCGAGAGUAUUGGGAAACUGAAAGAAAUGCAGAAAGAACAUAUGGCGCUAGUCAAUAUUCAGGCUUUCUCCUGCAAAGUCGAUGAAGCUUUGAAAUUCCUCUUGGAUCCAAGUCAGAGGUUUUCAGACCAGCAGGUUGCAGAUCUCGAACGUGAGUUGAAGAGACUCUCCUACCUGGCAGAGCUCAACGCACGCUGCAAGAUGUCUCAAUUGAGACUUCGUUUCAGUGUUGUUCUUGCCACUGAGGUCAAACAAUUAAGAGACAUCCUGGAGGACACUUUGCCCUUCUCUGAGGGUCUAGAACGUACAGUCGAGAAAAUGUUCACAAAGCUGGAAGAUAAACUGCCGCGCAGUGGCCUGGGGAUCACUGAUGAGGAGAGGGUGAUGAUACUCAAAGCCAUCGGUUUGAAUAAAGGACAUUGGUACAAAUGUCCAAACGGACAUGUAUAUGCAAUUGGUGAAUGUGGGGGUGCUAUGGAAAAAAGCACAUGUCCAGAAUGCAAGGCUGAUAUUGGAGGUACUAACCACGCUCUCAUUCAGGGAAACGCUGUGGCAUCUGAGAUGGAUGGUGCACAACAUCCUGCCUGGUCAGAUGCUGCCAACAUGGCAAACUUUGAACUGAUGGACAUUGAUUGAAAUUCUUAGUUAUUGUUGCCUUCCCAGACAGCAACAUAGUGUGGUCCAGAUCUGAAAUGUGGAUUACAUGUGGACCAGAUGUGGGCCGGAUCUGGGCCGACACUAUGUUGCUGUCUGCAGAUGGGUGUUGGGCUUUAAUCUGGUAACACAAAUCAUGAAAUACUGUUAAAUCAGGUAAGCAGGUUGCACCUUUUUUCAUAGCAAGUUUUAAUUUAACAGAAACUUUUGGCUUGCUAGAUAAAAUUCUGAUGGCAAAUUUUCCCUAAAAGGUGCAUUGUCUAAAUUUUAGCAGUACAUACAUGGCGACACAAAAUGGAGACUUCGAUGUAAGGGGACCCGCAGUGUAUGUAGAUAGAAAUGGCUGAUUAUAUUGCAUUUCUGUCAACAGAUCCUCCUAAAUACACACUGGACCUUUAACAUGAUGAUGCAAAUCAUUAGUCUCUUUGAUUUGCUCAUGUCAGAAAGAUAAAAAGACUCAAAAUCAUUCUUACUGCCUGCUAACUGAUGAGUAACUUACCUAUUUUUAUUCGCAUUUCAUGCUUAGUGAUUGGCCAGCUGUAUAAACAUAGCCACUAUGUUAAGACUGACUUAAGAACUAGUCUGAAUUAGACCAAUAUACCUUUUUGUGUAACUGAUUUUAAAGUUGACCCAUCUUAAAGUAAAAUUUGAAGAGUAAUUUAUAAUACUAGUCUAAGCAGUUUAUGCAACUGGUCGAUUUGUUUCUCUGUUUCACAAAUAUUAUGCUCUGUACAUUUCAUGCAUCAGCUUUUAAAAGCAUAUUUUUCUUGAAAUGUUAAAACAGUUAUAUAAAAAUCUUGUUUUUUGUAAGUUUGCUUUGUUUAAAUGCAACAUAUGUCAGAACAUAGUCUUAUAAAGCAGCUUGUUGUGGUCCUGGAUGCUGAUUGGUCAGUUGGAUUGAUAUUGGAUUUAUAUGGUGUUCCAGGCUAUGACUUUAACCCCUGGUUUCACAGACAAGGCUUAAGUCUAGUCCUAGACUAAAAUGCAUGUUUAAGCUGUUUUAACUGAAAGCAACUUGCUUAAAAUAUGUCACUGCCAUUGUUUUGUCUCAAGAUGCACAAGGUAUGUUUAUAAAAGCUACUUAAAUGUCCUAAUUAAAGGCCUAAUCCUGGCUUAAUCUAAGUCAUGUUUGUGAAACCAGGCCUAAAUGUCCUGGAUCCAGAUGUGCUAACAUAAACAAUGUUAACCAAUGAAAUUACCAGUAGCUUACAUGUAUGCUCACAGAAGAAUAGCACUUAAUCUUAAAUAUGCUUAAUAAAAUCAUGUUUUAAUGAAAA